CAUUGCCGGCCUGCUGUUUCCCAGAUAAAAACAACACGGCAAGUGGUUUCCCAUCGCAGCGUACUAUUGCACAACGGAGCGUUGCCUGUGUAUCCUUUGUUUGGAUAAAAAGAAAAGUGUGUCGUUUGUUUAAUUUCACUUCAUUCUUCUCGGUGAAUGCGUACAAGCCUGGUGCGGUUUGCAAAGAUGGUCGUAAAACAUAAAGUAACCGGGUACGAGGAGUUUACAAAGUUGGCCGAAAGUCUGGAAAGCAGUGGCGAACCGGUCCACAUCCUGUUCACCGGCAGUAAGGAUGAGAACGGUGAAAGCUGGUGUCCGUACUGUGUGAAGGCCGCACCCGUCGUCACGAAAGCCUUAGAGACGGCAGCAGAGAAGAGCCAUUUCAUCACGGUUGAAAUCGAACGCCCAUUCUGGAAAGAUCUAAACUGUCCGUACCGAAAGGAUCCACGCACACAUCUAGUGUUUCUUCCCACACUUCUACGAUGGCGAUCGCCCCAGCGCUUGGACGGUUCGCAGUGUGCCAACACCGAUUUGGUCGAAAUGUUGUUUCAAGAUGAAGAUUAAUCCUCAGCCCCGAAUGUUCCGCAGAAUCGAAGAAUUUUAUUUCUAUUCAUUUUUCGCGCCAGCGCACCACGAAUAAGCGCCUUUACACAAUUUAGAUACUGUUUGAUACAAUAAUGUAAUGUCUUUGUUUUCAUUUUCCAUUUCAACCAAUAAAUAACUAAAUGAAGUACGUAA